GUUUGUUAGGUGUCACUUCCGGUUGUUUCGAAAGUGCAAGUAAAAUCUUAUGAGUAGACCAUAAUUUUCCACUUCUAUAGAUCCAUAAAUACUUUUUUACGAGAAAGAGAACACUUUUUCACAAGUUAUGCCACCACCAGACAGGUGGGACCAGUAUGGUUCCCUUGGAGAAGUGAUAAGUGGUACCAAAUUUGUUGCAUUCAAAGUUCCAUUAAAAAAGGAAUUACUUUCGACUGUUCAUGAGAAUGAAAGGUUUGGUCCUGAUGAUGUGAUAGAGAAAUUAAAAGACAAAGGAAAAGAAUUAGGACUAGUUAUAGAUAUAACAUAUACUGAUAAAUACUAUCACAAAGGAGAAUUUUGUAGAAAAAAUGUUGAACAUGAGAAGAUUUAUACUUAUGGACAUGUUGUACCAACAGAUGCUGUUGUUUACAGAUUUUUCGACGUUGUUGAGAAAUUCAUCAAGAGGAAUAAAAAGGAAGAAAUGGUAAUAGGUGUACAUUGUACACAUGGAGUAAACAGGACUGGUUACAUUGUUUGUAGGUACAUGGUUGAAAGAUUAGGCAUUGAUCCUACCGAGGCUAUGGAUGCUUUCAAACAAGCCAGAGGUCAUCCAAUUGAAAGGCAAAAUUAUAUUGAUGAUUUACUCACACGGAAACAUAACCCUGAUUAUGUGAUAGGUGAUCAUCCACCAGUUCUUAAAGAGGAGAAAAAGAACAACAAUAAAAAAAACAGUGACCGAUAUAAACCCUGGCUGAGACACAAAAAACACGACAAGGCUUCAUCAAGUACUAUGGAAGUGGAAGAAGAAAAACAAUAUCAAAAUGAUUUUCAGACUCUGCAACUGAAUAAUUCAUCUCAUGCAUUUGAUGAAAGUCAUCAAAGGGGAUAUCAUAGUUUUGACAGAAGGAAUAAUUAUGAUGGAGAAAGAUCAAGCAGUUAUGACAGAAGAAAUAAUUAUGGCGGGGAAAGAUCAAGUAGUUAUGACAGGAGAAACAAUUAUGGCGAGGAAAGAUCAAGUAGUUAUGACAGGAGAAACAAUUAUGGCAGAGAAAGAUCUUAUAAUGAUUCACAUUAUCACAAUAGAAGAGAGGAAUCAAAGCCAUACCAUCGGACAUUAAAGCCUAGCAGGAGUUAUCCUCCUCAUGAUGAUCGUUCAUAUGAGAAAGAUAAUAAUUAUUCACGGACGUCAAGACAUAACUAUUAUUCCCAUCCUAAUCUGCAUAUACGAGACAACAAAUAUUAACAUUUGUCAAUGCAAAAUGUAACUUAUGGGUUGUUGUUGGCAUUUUAAGAUAUUCGUAGCUUGUUCAGAAACAACAAAGAAUGGCAAUAGCUAAAUGGUGGAGAAAUAUCUAUUCUUUCUGCUGUAACUUUUACAGAAGAUACAUGAGGGGAAAUUUUGUUGUUAUCCUCCAGAAGCAAUUUAAUUCCUAUGAAUGUGUGGUUUUAUGGCUUUUUAUGCAGUCAUGCACAACAUUGUAUUAUUUAUAAAGGUGAUUUGGCUAUUAUAAGGUCUAAUUUGGAUCAGAUAUUCCUUCCUCAUAGGUUGUGUCAAUAUAGUUUUAGUUCAUAUGACAAUAACCAUGUUAUAAUACAUACAUCCAUCAUCAGAGAAUCUGCAGGCAUAGCAUGAGGAAAUCAUCAUGCAGCAUGUGUUGUUUAAGUAACUUGAAUGCUUUUAAACGUGCAAAUGUGAUAGUUUUAUGAGAUAUCAGUAUUUGUAUGCCCAUGCCGUAGGCGACGGGGCAUUAAGUGUUGCCCUUGAACGUCCAUCUUUCCGUCUGUCCAUCUGUCCUAUUUUCGUUUGUUUGCAGCAUGAGCAGGGGCAUUCCUGUCCUCAGACACAUUCUUCUUUUAUUUUUAAAUACAUGUGUACUACAGAUAUUAGUUGAAGAAAGUAAAAGAGUCUAUCCCUCCCAUAUCAGCUGAAAGGUUUUUGUUUAAUGAAGUUUACCAUGAAGCUGUGGUCACAUCUACUUAAAGCAAAGUACAUGUACACAUGUUCAUUGUGAUUCAAUUUUAUUAUUUAAAUAUAUGCCAAAUUAUGGUUUUUGAAUAAGGUUGCGAGGUUCAAUGAAUAAGAAAUUGUGAUACUGCUAGUGGGGCAUGAUGUCCUAUGGACACAAUUGUCAUAUUUUUGUUCAAUAUUUUAAAACCAAUACUUGAUAUAAAAAAAGAUAUGAUGUGGUAUGAUUGCCAAUUAGACAUCUAUCCACCAGAGAUCAAACGAAGUAGGAGUUAGCAACUAUAGGUCAUCUUAGGGCCUUCAACAAUGAGCAAAACCCAAACUAUGAAAGGCCCCGAAAUGACAAACAUAAAACAAUUUGAACCAAAAAACUAACAACCUGAUUUCUGCACACAACAAUAAACAAAAAACAAAUAAGAUAUACAGUUCUCAAAUUGUCUUUCAUUCAAUACUUAAAAAAACAUUCCUAAUAACCACACGUGACUAAAGUGAAAUAAACUGAGUUAAAAAAAAAAAGAGAAAUUGCCUUGAUAUCAUGAAGAAUCACAAGCAGAUGGAUUUGUUUGGAGUCCUUAUCAAUAAUCUACAGCAGAAAUAUCUUACAACUAAUUUAUUUCUAAUACUAUGUUCUGCUAUGUUAUUUUUCUUUUAUCUUACCUUGCAACUGACAAAAAAGUCUUGACUUCUAAAAAUAUGUCAAUAAAUUGAAUGUGAAGUUUCUAGGCAACACUUCCAUUAAAAACAUUGGCUGAUCCCCACCAUUGAUAAUACUUAUAAAGAAAACACUAAUGACUAGUUUUUUAAAGGAAGGCAAUCUUGAGAAUAUAUUGAUGGAUUAUAAAAACUCAUCAAAGAUACCAGGCUUAUAAUUUAUAAAUGUCACAAUUCAAGGUAGACAACUCAAGUGAAUGUGGUAAAUAGUUUCAAAAUAUUCAGCAACAAUCUCUUUAAGAACUUACCCAACAAUUUUGUGUAUAUUUUGCUCUUUUUAUUUUUCAAAAGCCUUGUUUUAAAAAAACAUUCACAUUUUCUCAAAAAAUAAUAUUUUGGUACAAAUAUGACCCUUUUUCAAUUUUGGUAAAAUAUCUCCAGGCUCUAUUGAUAAGCAACUUUAUUUUAUAUUGGUAGCAAUAUUACAAAUACUUUUAUUUUUUCUUGAAAUGCAUGCUUUUUGUAAUUUAUUAGUUCUUAAAUGCAUACUGUCAACAUUUAUAAUUAUAAAGUAAUAAAGCAAAUACCUCUGAGUCAAACAAGUAUCUUGUAUUGUUUUCAUUACAUUAGUUACCAUGCAGCAAAAAAUAGUUUUAAACAGUGAUAAAGCCUAAUGUAGAAAUUUUAGGAACGGCACCAUUCAAAACUUACCGGAUGUAUUUUGCCAAUGUUGUACAUAUAUAUGUUCAUGCAUUUUACAAGUUACAAACAGAAUAAUAAAGAACAAAUAUAUA